AUGGUAGUACAAUUGAAUUCCUCUGGGGAAAAUUUAGAUGAUGUUUCCGAGUUUUCUAUUCAGAAAAAACAUUCCCAGGAUCACAAUUCACCAACCUCGGAGGAACUUUAUGGAAAUUCUCAUAAUGUCAAAUUAAUCGAAAGAAAACCACAAGCAAUGAAUGAGGAUUCAGGAAAGAAAGUUGUGUAUAACCCAGUUCAACAUAUUACUAAACAACAGAAGCAUAAUAUUGAAAUGGACUAUAGAAUGAAUCAAAUUCAAAAACUAGUCAAAAGUGAAAAUUAUGAAUAUGAGGAGGACAUUGAAAAUGCCAUCAUUGAGGACGAAAGUGAAAGUAAUGAAGAAGACCAAAGUGAGGACUUGGAUGAAAUGCAAGAUUUACUAUUGGACGAAAAUAUUAAUUUUCAAAAAAUCAAAAAUUUAACUUUCGUUCGACCGAAAUUAAAAUUUCAAGAAGUGCCAAAGUAUGUGAAACCAAUGACACAAAUUGUGCAGACGACAAUUUCAACGACAAGUGCGGUGGUCAGAAAUGUGGUAGUGGAUGGUAUUUUUUGGUCUGAUGAAGUGCACCAACUUGUACCUAAAGGAAAUUUAGGUUUACCACGAAAGUUUCUCAUAGAGAUGUCUGAAUGCAUGGGUAGCAGAUUAUGUAGGAUUUUACAGGGAUUCUGUUGUAACUUUAUGACACCAGAUAAGUUGACCCAGCUGUUAACAGGUAUGGAUAAUUUAGGAAAGAUUAAUGCCAAGAGGUUUGGCCCAAGACUAGCUGGAAGAAAGAGAGGAUUCUCGUAA